CAAUCCCAAGAGCAACAAUGGCACCUAAGAAACCAACAAGUGGAAGGAGCAGUACUGGCAGUAAGGGGAAAGUCAAGAAGACUCGGUCACCUACACCUCAGGAAAAGCCUGGUCACCCUGAUGAUGUCUUCCCCCUGGUCCUCACAUCAGCCACUCAGGAGCUCUUUGGUUGCCGCACUGAUGAGGAUGUCACAGUGGAGAGCCCGCACAAGCUGCUGAAAAAAGACGACAUCAUACACGACAUUAAGACAAGAGCAGCAGUGUCCGAUUUCAGCCCUGUGAAGCAGAUUGUGCUGGACUAUCCGGAGGAAGAGAUCUUGCUGGUUUUUGACAGAGACUUCACUUAUGGUCAGAGCUUCUACCUGGUUGUGACACCAGAAGCCAAGGACAGAAUAUUCUGUGUUCUGCAGCCCCCAGAGCCGGAAACACCAGAAGUAUUUGAGAAUGAAGUCAGUGAAACCCCACAUCCAAAGCACUGGAUAUCUUUUGGCAGUGAGCAGGAAAUAGAUGACGAAUCUGUCACAGAGACCAGAAAAAAGGUAUGUUAUAAGUUCUCCAGAAUGCGGAAGAAGUUUGGGAGGCCAGUCUGUUUUUCUGACCUCAACGCUGCAGAUGCUAAGGAUAGCUGUGUGGAGUGUGCUUCCUACAAAGACAGCAGAUUCAGCAUCAAGCAGAUGCAGAGGGACUGCGGGAUGCAGGCUGUUCCUAGGCUGCAGAGCAGCAGUGCCCAGACGCAGUGGAAGUUUCACAAGAAUGUCUGUACCCAGUACUAUCCACAAGAGUUACAUGAGGAGGAAAUUAACAGCAUCCUCCAGUCUGAGAGUCUGAUGAAUUUUCUCAGCUCAGCAACCUCCAGGGUCUUACAUGCCCUCCAGCAGGAAGAGAUUUUGAAUAUGCUCUUGGAUGACUGGAAGGCUUUGGGGACAUUAGCUGAAGCUGGUGACUCAAAGGUUUCUGAAGAUUUGAUGCUUCAUCAUGCCUUCACAGACCAGAAGUACACGAAGGACAAGAAAGUCAGCAGUGUUAACUGGCACCCUACCAUCCUCGGUGUGAUCGCAGUGGCUUUGACAGACAAAAAGAAGAUGCAGUUGGACGAGUCCACUACGAUGACCGUCAGACAUGCUUUUAUUGUUUUCUACAGCUUCUCUGACCCCGCUAAUGCUCAGUUGCUGCUGGAGUGCCCAGAUGACAUUCUUGCCUUUGAGUUCUGCCCAUCUAAUCCAAACAUUAUUGUUGGCGGCUGCGUGAAUGGCCAGGUUGUGUUGUGGGACAUUUCUGCUUACAUCACACACUUACAGGGAACACAGCCUGGUGAUAAAAAGGCCACCACUGACACAUUCGACCUUGAUGACAAUAAGGGGAGUAAGACUCCAGUCGUGCGCUACUGUGCAGUGUCUGCCUUGGAAAGCAGGCACAAAGCCCCAAUUACUGAUGUCCAGUGGCUGCCACAAACAUUUGAGGUGACCAGGAAGGGUGUACUGGUGGAGAACAUGUACAACGUUUCUGUUCAGGUCGUCACCUGCUCCCCUGACUGCACUGUAAUGAUCUGGGAUGUACGAGUUCCAAAACCGCUGAACCAAUCACUGUCAGACAGGCAGCAGAAUGUGGAUCAGAAGACACCGAUUACACCCUACAUCGUCCCUGAAACUUUCAAACACCUGGACCGGACAUGGAAACCACUGCUGAGGGUUUCCGUGCCAAAGAUCAAUACUAGUGGAGAAUAUGCUCCAUUGAAGUUCAGCCUAGAACAUUACACCUCUAAUAGCAAUACAGGGAGGAACUCAGCUAAGGAAAACGAUGGCACAGAGGACCUCCCAGACUACAGCCAGCUCAGAGCUCCCUCAGCCAAAACACCUCCAGCUCUGGAAGACGCCAUUACCAAGCUCUGUAUUGGAACGGAGGAUGGGGAGAUUGUUUUCACUGACUGGAAACUGGAGAAAGAGGGCUCUGGACAGUACAUUGCCAAACCCCUCCUCUGUUUUAGAAUGCAUCACUGGUUUGUGAACACAAUACAGCGAUCGCCCUUCUUCAGAGACAUUAUCUUGAUGACAGGAGGCUGGAACUUUGCCAUUUGGAAGGAGGAUGUCAUGGAGGGCCCCAUUGUCGUGUCACCAAGUUCUGAGCAGAAGUGCACCGUUGGAUGCUGGUCCCUGUCCCGACCAGCCGUUUUCUUCAUUGGGAAAGACGAUGGCAGUAUUGAGGUGUGGAACCUGCUGGAAAACACCAGUGAACCUGCACAUGUCCAUGCACACGUCACCAGCGCCAAGAUUACCUGCAUCAAACCCUGGACCGUGUCCCCCAAGCUGCACGUCCUGGCUUUGACUGACGACCUUGGAAUGCUCCGUGUUUUUGAAAUCCCAAAGACGCUCCACAUUCCCUUCAGGACAGAGAGUUCUCAUGUGACAAAAUACUUUGAACUGGAGGAAGACAGGCUGAAGGAUUAUUUGAAAAGGAACGAACUGUGGGUGAAAGAAAAAAAGAAGGCAGAGGAACUUAAGAAGAAAACGGAGCCUGACAAACCAGUCAAAAUCCAGCAGGACAUCGAAAAGGAAAACACGGCGAAGUACAAUGAGUACCUAAAGCUGGAAGAGAAGCUCCUGAAGAGCGUGGGCCUGUGGCCAGCUGCUGCAGGCACUAAGGAUACCUAG